AUGCUCUGUCUCUCAAGCAUCAGUUUUUCAGUGUCUUCCCUUCAUAAUAGAAAUCCAGUUGAAGGGUUCACGGAUUGCCCGCCAGUUAUUGAGCUUGCUUCUUUGUUUGGGUUUGAUUUGAAAUCUAAAGUUGUUGCGGGUUCUGAUCCUGGAUCAUGUCUGUUCGAGCAAAAAGUCGCUAAUUUUCAAGAUUUUGUGGUUCCAAGUGGUGAUUCCUCUGUUUUUUCAAGUUCUGGGAAGAGUAGGCAAGGAGUGUAUGAGCAGUUAGUGGAGCUGGGAAAGAGGGGAAUGGUGAGAGUAAAUGGAGAUGGAACUGAAUUGGGGCCUCUCACACCACCUAGUAGAUGUGCAGGGCAGAGGAAUUUGGAGAGUCUUGAAUUUGAGAAUGGGGAUGAAGAAUCGUUGCACCAGCAAACACCAUUUACCUCUUUGCUUAUGUUGCCAAAUCAUGUAGAUGCAACAGAGAGUGACUGUGUAUCUGAUCUAGAUUUCUUGUGGGAUUGCAGUUCUACUUAUCAAGAAGCUCAGGUAUGGGAUUUUCAAGUUGGAACAUCAAAAGAUUGUUCAGAACCUGGUCCACAAGGAGAAGGAUAUGAUGUAAAGGAUCCUGGUUUCGUGAUCAAGAACUAUGUCGACUUUACUGAAGAAGGUGCCUUCACAACACAGAAAGUAAUGGGUGAUGCUCAUUUGAUGAGCCGCUGCUCUACAACUAGUGAGGAUAACUUCUCAAGAAAUGUAAGCUACUCCACUGAAGUUAAAAGUUUCUCCAACCAACAAUUGUCAAGUUACAAACCAGCAACAGAAAUAGGACUGUCACCGGAAUCGAUGACAGGUGAGCCCAAAACAUGCAGUAGCACUGCACAUAUCCAGGUCACGGAUCAGCCUUUUCUCGCAUGGAUUGAGACUCUAAAUGAGACGAAACAAAUGGGUGACGCAGAACUUUUUGCACAGAACAGAGGCAACGCCAUGUUGCGAUACGAUAAACGUAUCCGUUAUGAAUCAAGGAAGGCUAGAGCUGAUACGAGAAAGCGAGUGAAAGGGCGAUUCCAGCCAGCUGGAUCUGGACUUGCUGUAUAUGAUGGAGGCUUGUGGCCUAAUAGUUGGGAAGGGAGACUUGAAUUGAAUGCUAUCAUCCAGGUACCAGGCUGUCUUGUCCUGAGUAACAUGCUGCAUCGGUAA